AUGACUUUACAACUAAAAGUACUAAUAAUAGAAAUGCUGUUACGAAUAAUCAUGACAUUACGUCAGUUAGCGAAAAAUCGAUUCAAACUCCUACGCUUUUUAAUGAAUCACUGAAAAAAUCUAGGGUUGUUUCUGAAGAAACUUUGAAAAGUACUGACAGUUCGACAAAGAGGGAGGAAGUCUUAACCAAAAAAUCUACUUUAUUUAAUAAAACCUCUAAUAAUAUAAAAAAUACGACUUCUUUUUCUACAUUUGAUAAUAAAUCGUCAAUAAUUACAACUUUAUCAAUUAAAAAUGGCUCUGCUCUUCUAUUAAAUAAAGAAAAUAAACUUGGAGCAAUUAGCUUUAUGGUUAUUGCUUCGGUUAUUAUUUUUCUCUUGAUAGGCCUAUUUGGAAUAUUUAAAAUAAGAUCAAAGAGAAGGAAAGAAAAGGAAAAUGACAGCGAUGACUCAAAUGAUGAUAAUAAUGAUAGGAAGAACCAGAAAAAUAAGAAUAAAAAGAUAAAAAAGAAGAAGAAGAGCAAGAAGAAAAGAACAAGAAAGGGAUCCAAAAGAAAAAAUGAUACAGAUAUUAGUAGUUCUAAGAGUAGCGAUGACGACAAAGAAGAAACUAAAAGUAAAACAGAUAAAAAGAAGAAAAAUAAAGAUAAGGAAAACAAGGCGGGGAUUAAAGAUGGAAAAGCACAAAAAAAUGUCAAGAUUGAUAGAAGUAAUGAUGAAAAGGAGAAGAAAAGAUAUGAUUCCUUCGAUAGUAUAGUAGAUUUAACUAUAUCACAAUCUAUGGCUGCUGAUCCCUAUACAAUUGAUAAUCAGCGUAUAAAUUUUCGUAUUAACGAAGCAGCAGAUCCUGCUUAUAAAUACCAUUGUCCUACGCUUCAAACCAGCGAGAAAACAAAUAUAAUUUAUGAGAAAUCUCUUCAAACAAAACCAACUUGUCUACGAAAAAGUCACUUAGAAUUUAAGAUGUUCGAUACUGAAGGGGAAGAAGAAGAAGAAGAAGAUCAAUCAUAUAGUGCAAAAUUUACUUCAAUAACAUCUAAUUUAAAGAACUCAUUUAAACCCAGAGAGUCUUUUACACUAAUUACUGAUCCUAAUUGUUUCGAAAUAGAAAUUCCUUUAGCAAAUAGAUGCCAUAGAUCAAUAUCAAACAUUUUCCAUAAUGAACCUUACGAUAGAACUUUAAAUAUGCUUGAACGAAGAAAAGAUAAUUAUCUACAAACAUUAACGAAUUUAAAUCAAUCUGAUACAGUUAACUUGAAUAUAACUAUCUCAUUAGAUGAUGAUGAUGAUAAUGAUGAUUAAGAUAAAUAAACAAAAAUAGUCUGUUUUUUCUCCUUGUUUAUACGCUAAAAGGAAAAUAUAUUAUUUUUUUUAUCAUAUGUCUUUAGAUAGUCCCAAAACACAAUCUUAAUCCAUCUAUUUAAAGUGUUUUUAGAAGAUAAAUUAACUUCGUCAUGAAUACUUCCUAGAAAUCUAAUUUUCAACCAAUAAGCAUAAGUUAAUUAAAUAUAAGAUCAUCAGGAUUUACAGUCAACAAUUCACAUUUAGGCAAAUUCAAAAGUCUAAUACGUGUAUGUUCUUCUUCUCUGAGUGGAAACUGCCGUUGUAAAAAGAGGUUGUUUAUACAUACAGUAUAAAAUAUACUCGUAUAAAACUAAUAUUCUAUUUAGAACAUUAACAUAAAAAAAACAAAGCUUUGUCGUCUGCUUAUUAAAUAAAUAAAUUAC